AUGGAAAACUUGCUAUGUGAUGAGGCGUGGCUAUCCAGCCCUGCUGUAACACCCAUUGAUCAUCAUCAUGCACCCCAUCACAGUUCAGAGAGCUACCUUGGUGGUUCGUCUUAUAUGACCAAGGAAGACUCCGAGGAGGCCCUUGCUAUAUACCUGGAGAAGGAGAUCAGUUACAUGCCGGAAGAUAAUUACGUUGGGCAUCUCCGGUCGGAAAAUUUUACCAGUGCUAGAUAUAGAGCCACCCAAUGGCUUUUUAGGUCCAGAAGUCGGUUGAAUCUCUCUUUUGGAACUGCUUUCAAUGCUGUAAAUUACCUUGAUCGGUUCAUAUCUAUGAAUCAAUGCAAUGGAUGGAGCUAUUGGAUGGUUGAAUUAUUGUCUGUUGCGUGCUUAUCUGUUGCCUCCAAGUUCUGUGAAACCUGCACUCCUACAUUGCAUGAAAUUCAGAUGGAGGAUUUGGGCCAUUCAUUUGAGUCAACCACAAUCCAGUGGAUGGAAUUGACGCUGUUAAAGGCAUUAGAAUGGCGUCUUGGCUCUACAACGGCUUAUUCUUACAUAGAACUGUUGAUGUGCAGCAUUGACUCCUUGAAACCUCACCUUCAUGAGGAGAUUACCACCCGAGUCACUGACUUAUUACUUCUUGGCGCUAUUUCAGAUUCAAGAUUGCUGGAGUUUAUGCCAAGUGUUAUUGCAGUAUCUGCUCUUUGGUGCAGUCUAGACGAGUUACUUCCAUCAAUAUCCAAUGCCUACCUGCCCUCUGUUACAAGGCUCUUUAAUAAAGCUCAGAAGGAUGAUUUGGUCAAGUGCCAUAUGAUCAUGGAAACUCAUCAGCAGGUCGGCUCUUUGCACUACUUAAUACACUAUUAUGACUGCCCUUCAAGCCCCACAACAGUGCUGCUAAAGCAGCCCAUUCACAUAUGUGACUGCCAUGUUAAUUUCUCUUUCUUGAAGAUGGGUGGUCCAAACAGCAAUCUCAAAUCAAGUAGGAAGAAAAGAAAGCGAGAAGAACAGUAA